UCAAAGCUCCUUACAAUCAGUAAACUUUUAUACUUAAGGUAAUAAUCAUGGGUGUCACCACAGGUGAAUUUGAGGUCGCUAGUGUCCUCCCACCGGCCAAAAUGUUCCAGGCCGCGGUCCUUGACGCUGAUCAGCUGUUCCCCAAGAUUAUGUCCCAAGCUAUUAAGAGUGCUGAACUCAUUGAGGGCAAUGGAGGGGAUGGAAGCAUCAGGAAAGUUAACCUUGUUGAAGGCGACUCUUACAUGAAGCACAAGGUUGAUGCACUGGACAAAGAAAAAUUCGUAUACAACUAUACCAUCUUUGAAGGGGACACCUUGAAUGGCAAAUUCGAGAAAAUUGUUUACGAGACCAAGUGGGAGUCGUCUCCUGAUGGAGGUUCCAUCUUCAAGUCCACUGUCACAUUCUACACCUUGCCCGGCUUUGACGUCCCCGGGGAGAAUUUGAUUAACAAGGCAAAAGAAAAGACAACCGUCAUGGUCAAGACUGUUGAAGCAUACCUCCAGGCCAAUUGAUAAGAUGUUAUGUGUUUGCUUUUCUGAAGUUAAUUUUUUUUGUGUGCUUUGCCAUACGAGUUGCCUAAAAUAAGUGGCUUGUGGAUCAUUAUUCAAAUAAGACCUGAGAGUGGUAAAAGUGACUUGUUAUCUUAACAUCUCUUACGUAUUUUUUAAGCUUUCAUGAGAAUGAAUGUAUAAGGCUUCGAUCAAA